CAGAAAACUCACCUGCAUCCAUGCUGCAACGUCGCUAAAAUUUCUGCUCUUCUCUGCGAAAAAAAAAAAAACCCGACGUUUCUCGGGGGCUUCAGGUGGAAAUUAAAGACGACACAAAGAUGCGACGUCUGGGCUCCGUUCAACAGAAGAUACCGUGUGUGUUUCUGACGGAAGUGAAAGAAGAACAGUCCAGAAAACGAGCCUGUCAGCAAUUUCAAGUUGUCGCCACUGAAAAUGUGAACCCUGUCGCUCUGGAGGCCAAUGUAGAUUGUGCACUCGCCACAGAGAAACUGGAUGGUACCUGCUGUUAUGUCACAGUUUAUAAAGAGCAGCCGUACCUCUGGGCUCGACUUGACAGGAAACCCAACAAACAAGCGGAGAAGAGGUUCAAAAAGUACCAGCACUCUCACAGGAGCUGUAAAGGUUUCACGUGGAACGUAGAAGAAGAUUUUAAGACGGUGCCGGAGACGUGGAUCCCAGCUCACAGGGUCAAACAUCUCAAUGGCCACCCGCUGCCUGACGAACACGGACACAUUCCAGGCUGGGUUCCAGUGGAGAAGGACAACAAGCAGUACUGUUGGCACUCCUCUGUGGUGGAUUAUGAAGUCGGGGCGGCUCUUGUUCUCAGGCCCAACGCCGACAAUGAAGACGCGCUGGAGAUCACUACUGUUCCACUGGCUGAGCUCAUGGAACAAACGCUGGAGCUCAUCGGAACCAAUGUCAAUGGGAACCCUUAUGGACUGGGGAGUAAGAAGCAGCCUGUCCACUGCCUGGUGUCACACGGGAGUGUUUAUAUCACAAACCCUCCACCCGUAGACUUCCAGCAGCUCUGCUCCUGGUUCCAGGAAAAUCCAGAGGGCCGAGUGGAGGGCAUCGUCUGGCACUGCAAUGACGGCACACUCAUUAAGGUUCAUCGUCAUCACCUGGGACUGAAGUGGCCCGAUGGGGAUUCUUCCUUCGGUGACAGGUCCGUGAUCAUUAAUGUCGACUGGACAGUUGACGAGUACAACAACAGCAAGGACUUGUUCUCAUCUUUCUCCUCACUAAAUGGACACUGCUUCAGUCGGCUCCAGGACAUCCAGUUCGACCCCUAAAACCAAAGGCUGCGAAUACGAAACAUUCCCUCCCCUAAACCGUCUUCUGUGACCCUGCAAGGAUUUAUUACUUUGCCGAUAGUUGUCAGAUAUUUUUGCCUGUAAUUCCAGAUGAGUGGUUUAAAAUUCCCUGUUUAAAUCACUAAAAUUUUCAGUGGAAACAAAUGAAAUGCACUGAUGUAGAACUACAGGUUCCACAUAUCAAGAUUAGUCUUAAUAAGUCUAGAUCAGAAUGGUUUACAAUGAGGCAAGGCUAGGAUCAAACCUUGAGGAUCAGACAGGAACAGUGGUUUGUAUUAAAGGCGCUAUUUGAAAAUUUUGCUGUUGCUACAUAGCUGUCUUGAGAGGUGGAAAGUAAUGCCAAUGUUAACUCUUCUCUCUAUAACAUCUUUUCUGCUAUUGAAUUUGCUUUGCAAAAAUGUGUACAGCUUUGAGAUGUAUUCACAUUACAGCAGAAAAACAACGGUCUUAUACUGGGGGUUCUGCAGUGGUCGGUGUAGUAUUUACCACUCUAAAACUCCUGGUGGCGCUGUGCCAAAAUGCAGCUACCUUAGCUACAGAAACAUUUGAGACAUUAACAAUAAUAUGCAUGCUGAUAUUGCACACAGAGAAUAUAUUCUUAGUCUGGUCUCACUGUGAUGCCAGUUGGUUAUUGUAGAGUUCUGAAAAUUCAGAAACAAGUAAUAAGCUUUUCAUCCAUCAGAGGUCAGCACAGCUCAGAGCAAAGUUCAGCAAAUCUGAAAGAGGAAGUGCACACAAAAGCUUUUUUUUUUUGCUGCAAUAAUGUGAAUAUGCCUUUACUGUAAAAAUGACUGACCAACUGGACAUUUCUAGUUAGUGAAGCUGCUUAAAUGUUCCAUUAAUAUAAUGUAAAAACUAUGCUACAGCUGUUUCAUUGCUAAUGAGGAAUAAAUAAAGAGUAUGUUAGAAUUUC